UGCUGUGCCCCACAUAGAAAUGCCACUGAGACGCCAGCCUUUCCAAGCUGUUGAUUUCUUCUUGGCUUGUUUUUAUAGGUGUUUGUGGAAAUACCUCAAGCGAGGAGAAGAAUAGCACGGCCAACUCUGGGGUCUUCUCUACAGACAGCCUGAGCAACGGGCACCUGGGAAGUUUUUCAUCACACACACAAGACCAGGAAAGAAAUAUUGAAGAACUGGAAAUGGCUCGGACUCAGAGCUUAAUGCCCAGGCUGAGACCUCAGCUGUCUGCUCCACCAUUAAAGGGUACUGGUUCUUCGUGUCCUCUAUCACCUUCAGAAAACAAUGCCAGUGAAAUCUACUUCGUGGAGCUGGUUAAAGAAGAUGGGACACUUGGAUUCAGCGUGACUGGUGGCAUUAACACAAGUGUGCUCUGUGGAGGUAUCUACGUGAAAUCCAUCAUUCCCGGAGGGCCAGCAGCCAAGGAAGGGCGGAUCCUGCAGGGUGACCGGCUCUUGCAGGUGGAUGGAGUGAGUCUGUGUGGCCUCACCCACAAGCAGGCCGUGCAGUGCCUCAAGGGCUCUGGGCAGGUUGCAAGACUGGUCUUAGAGAGAAGAGGCCCCAGGACUGCACAGCAGUGUCCUUCUGCUAAUGACAGGAUGGGAGAUGAAUGCACGGCUGUUUCCUUGGCAACAGUCUUGCCUGGAAGGCCUGCGAGCAGUGUCUCAGCGACAUAUGGUCCCAGGUUUGAAGUCAAGCUAAGAAAGAACGCCAGUGGUUUGGGAUUCAGUUUCGUGCAGAUGGAGAGUGAACGCUGCGGCCAUCUCAAGAACGAUCUUGUGAGGAUUAAGCGGCUCUUCCCGGGGCAGCCGGCAGAGGAGAAUGGGGCCAUCGCAGCUGGUGACAUUAUCCUGGCUGUGAACGGAAGGCCCACAGAAGGCCUCGACUUCCAGGAGGUGCUGCAUUUACUGCGAGGAGCCUCGCAGGAAGUCACACUCCUGCUUUGCCGACCCCUGCCAGGUGUGCUGCCUGAGAUGGAUCAGGGCUGGCAGACACCUGUGCUCUCAGCAGACAAAGAAUUCACCAGGGCAACAGGCACUGACUCAGAGCAGAGCCCCAGCCUAGAUCAAGAGGACAGCCAGAGGGACAGUGCCUCCGCAGAUGCAGGGGAAGGCCUGGGUCUCAGGCCAGAGUCUUUCCAACAGGCCACCGGAGAGGCACAAUGGGACCAAAACACAGAGAGACCCUGGGCCACUUCCUUGACUCGUCCUCGGGAUUCCUACCCUCAUUUAUUCAGACUUCACCAAGAAAUGGAUGCAUCAACAUUGGCUACCUCUUUGGAAAACGAUAUGAAGCAAAACUGCUAUUCAGUUUGUGAUAUCAGGAGACUUGAAAGAUUCUCCUACUCAUCUUCUCUAACCAGACUCUCGACAGAUAUUUUCUGAGUACCCUGUCUGCAUGUUGGAAGCACUGUGCCCAAUGCUCUGUCAUCUUCACGGACUGCUCUUUCUAAUCAAAAACGUGUGUAGUGACUUUCGGCAGCCCCUCGAAGGCUUAUUCUCUCCCUGUUGCUUCUGCAUCUUCGUUGCCAACCAAUGAGCUUCACCGUUCAUCUGCUUCCUAUGUCACACAGGGAGUAAAUGUCACUCCAGCUGGCUGCUUCUCCAAAGAGACACCGUUUCAGUGCUCUGUAAAGGACCUGAUAUUUGGGCAAAGUGCUUUGAAGGUCACCUGCUUGAGCUGUUCCCAGCCUCUUGCUUUGGCCCUUUCCAUCUAAUUCCUCUGUCGAAAUAGCAAACGUAAUCAUAGUAGUAAUCAUGACAUCUUCCAUUUACUGAGAACUUACCCUGUACCAGGAGCCAUGGGUGGCUGUAUCAGAAUUAUUUAAUGUAAGCAUCCCAAUGCUCCUAUAAGUUUCUUAACC